AUGAAGAUCACGUCUGCUGUAUUUGCGCUGGUGGCUUUUCUCGUCGUCGCCCACGCCAGGGGACUUGAAACGUUUAAUAACCCAUCUGCGAGAGAUCGGCUCGACCAAGACAGAAUAGAAUGCGUUGGUGAGCUUUCAGCAGACAGAUCUCGAAUUGUCUUCAGAUGUCCAACAGGAUCAUGGAAACGAUCGGUCAACAACAUAUCUGCCAGCAAGCGGGAUUAUGCAUCGAUGUUAGGAUGUAGCAAGCAAAUGAGAACGGAUUACGAGGGUAAAGACUACUUCACGGUCAUAUGUGACAGACCUCCAUAUGGCAAACGAUCGGCGCCAAAUCCAGCUGGACACCCCAGCGCCUGGAAUGAUAAUGUAAACGCUGGCACGGCCUCUUAA